CUUGAAAAAUACUAUAGGAUAAUAGAUUUUUUAUUAGUCUUUUCAACAAUUGCUACGCUAGUGAAGUGUGUAAAAUGUGAUGGAAAAGUAAAUUUUAAUUCGACUAAGAAAGAAGGCCUUGGAUUUAACAUCAAAGUGUCGUGCGAAAGCUGUAAACAGAUUACAAAUGUUCCGUCUAGUGUAAGAAUAAACUCUGGUAUUUACGAAGUUAAUUAUCGGUUUGUUUUCGUGAUGAGGAUAUUAGGCCUUGGAUUAGCUGGCUGUGAAAAGUUUUGCGGCUUGAUGGAUUUGUCUAGUAGCUUUUUAUCAAGACCGACGUACAAUGAUUACAUGAAAAAAAUGUGCUCGACUGUAAGAGAAGUAGCGAAUCGAUUUUUUUUAUCUGCUACAAAAGAAGAAAAAGCAGCAACAGCCAAAGAAAAAAAAACUGAAGAUGCCGACGAACUCACUGUAUCAGGCGACGGUACAUGGAAAAAAAGAGGCUUCUCAUCUUUAUUCGGCGUCACCUCGUUAAUCGGUUACUUCACAGGUAAAGUCCUUGACAUUUUCGUCAAAAGUUCAUACUGCCACGAAUGUAAAACUUGGGAAAGUAAAUUAGACUCUGCCGAAUACGAAGAGUGGCAUGAAGCUCAUGUAAAUGCUGGAAAGUGUCAGGCAAAUCAUACUGGUGCAGCUGGAAAUAUGGAGGUCGAAGCGAUAAAAACCAUGUUUCAACGCUCGGUAAAGAAUGGUGUGCGAUAUCGCAACUAUAUCGGCGACGGUGACUCUAAAGCUUACUCCGGAUUAGUGAAUUCUAAACCUUAUGGUGACGAUUUUUCAAUAGUGAAAAAAGAAUGUGUAGGACAUGUUCAAAAAAGAAUGGGCACUCGUCUGCGUGAAAUAGUCAAAAAGACCGUUGUAGAUACUGAAACUAAGGCUGGAAAGAAGAUCAAAAGAAAGAGUCUGUCUGUUAAAGGGAAGCUUACGGCUAAAAUGAUUGAUAAACUGACGGUAUACUACGGUUUGGCUAUUAGACGUUACUCUGAUUCCGUGGAAAAUAUGAAGAAUGCUAUCUGGGCAACGUUCUUUCACUACAAUUCGACGGACGAGAAUCCACAGCAUAAAAAAUGCCCGAACAGCGCGGACUCCUGGUGCGAAUGGCAAAAAGCUGCAGCUGCUAAUGCAUUGGAUUCGUUCAAACACACGUACAGUGCUCUUCCCAAGGAUGUUUUGGAUGCCAUCAAGCCUAUCUAUGAAGAUUUGAGCAAAGAUGCCCUCCUGGAGCGAUGUGUCGGAGGCUUCACGCAGAACAACAAUGAGAGUUUGAACCAAUUUAUUUGGAAAAUCUCACCAAAGCACUUGAGUGGUACCUCUGUCAUCGUUGAGAUUGCAGCUUAUGUGGCAGCCUGUGUCUUCAAUGAAGGUUCUUUUGCUUUACUAACCUUCAUGCAAGACAUGGGAAUCAGUAGUGGACCAAGCGCUCAUGAUUGGGCGCGAUCAACUGACUCCAUGCGUAUAAGCCGAGCAGAGCAGGAAGCUGAAAAACAGACUAAAGAAGGCAGGAUUCGUCGUAGACAGGAGCAAAAAGAUGCUUUAGACAUCAUGGAUGAUAGCAACAUCCUUUAUGGACCUGGCAUCGAUGAUUCAGUGUGAGAUGAUCCAGCACCGAGUUAUGAGGGGUACCGCAAUUCUAUUUUUUUCCGAGACGCUUCCGAAUAAUUGCUGUCAUUGCCGUAUUUUUUAAUAUUUCUUCAUGAAAAUAUUACACAAUAUUCUUCGAAUGUUAUACUUUAAUGUACCAUUGGUUUUAAUAAAUAGAUUUUAACUGUGUAGUCA